AUGUCUGCUCCUGAGCAGGACGCUGAGAAGGCACGCCAUGUUGAAAUGGUGGACUCAAUUCCGGCUCAAGACGACGAUGUCUCUUACGCGGAAGGCCGGAAAAUCGUGCAUAAGAUUGAUCGACGUCUCGUAACAUCUCUUGGGCUCAUGUUUGCCAUCUCCUUGAUGGAUCGCACCAACCUGGCAUCCGCUAACAUCUCCGGAAUGAGUCAUGAUCUGACAAGAAUAGUCUAUUGCCAUCAUAAUUUCCUUUGUUCCCUGUAUCGUCUUCCAGUGGCCAAGCGCUGUUCUUGUCCGGAAAAUCGGUCCACGCCUCUUUUUGCCGGCGGCAACUUCCUGUGGGGAAUUGUGAUGUUGUGUAUGGGCUUUCUUCACCACUGGGGUGAGCUCCUGGGACUUCGAGCCAUUGUUGGAAUUUUCGAAGCAGGCCUUUUCCCUGGUGCUCUCUUCCUAUUGCAAAUGUGGUAUAUUCGUUAUGACGUCCACAAGCGGUAUGCUUCUUUCUAUCUAAUCAGUAUCGUGGGUUCCUCCCUCUCUGGAGUCCUCGCCUAUGCCUUCAUGCAGAUGGGCGGCGUUGGUGGCUAUCUAGGCUGGAGGUACAUUUUCAUCUUGGAAGGUGUGCUGACGUGUCUCACCGCAAUCGUGGGAGCAUUUCUAAUCGUGGACUUCCCUGAAAAGGCACAAAACAGCAGAGCGUUCCUCAAACCGCACGAGCUGGCAUACGUCAUAAGACUUCUGGGAAAAGAUCGCAGUGAUGCUCACGAUACCGCUUUCAGCUUGGCAAUUUCUUCCAAUCCGGCUUGGAUGCUAAGAUCUGGCUUUUCGGGUUCCUCUUUUUUCGCUUUUUUCUUGCCUAUCAUUCUCAACGUCAAGAUGGGCUUCGAUGUUGGAAUCUCGCAAGUGUUGAGCACUCCACCCUACUUCUUCGCUGCCAUCGUGAUGUGCGUCGAAGCAUGGAUAGGGGAUAAGUACCAUGUUCGGAGUCCAAUCAUAGUAUGCAACGCCUUAUUAGCAAUCUGUGAAUUGUGUCUCCAGGCCUGGACCGAGACUGCAGGAGUCCAGGACCUAGGCGCCUUUCUCGUUAUCGGAUCUGCGAAUUCAUCAGUCCCGACCGUCAUGGCAUGGCAGGCCAACAACAUUCGGGGUCAGUGGAAAAGACCAUUUAGCAGUGCAAGCCUGAUCACGCUUGGUGGACUCGGGGGAAUAGUUGGUGCAUUGGUGUUCCGGUCUGAAGAUGCACCCCAGUAUCUGCCCGGGAUUUAUGCCUCGCUCACGUAA